AUGUGUACAAGGAACAUUGUGAAGGGGCCAGCAACAAUGAAAAAUGUAGUAGAUAUUGGAUAUGUCGCUGUACUGAUUAGUUAUUUGGUGUUAAUACUGGAGAGUGCAAUUUCAGCCAAGGUUACAGUGUUUCCAACCUAUCCAGUAAAAUAUGCUGCAGGACAGGAUUUUUAUUUAAAAAUUGUGGAUCCAAUUGUUAAUCUGCAAGGAUGUGUGGUUAAUGUGACAGGAAACAUAAUUCCUCUGUUAGAAGCAGAGCAAAUAGAAAAAUCUGGAGGAUAUGAAUAUUUUGGCGGUGGUUUAGAAUCUGGUGAAUGUGGAGUGAGAGCAACUCAACUACAGAAAGAACAAAGUGGAAAUUGGACUCUUAUGGCAACAAACUCAACUGACACCUAUUCAGGUUCCUUAAUUGUUACUGUUACAGAUGUUCCAUCGCAUGUUGAUGAAGGAGGUACACUGAUUCUGGGUGAAACUGGUACUGUUAGACUUGGACCGUCACUUAUUGUUCACUGUAGAAUGAUACACCCAAGUGGAAAAGAAGUGGGUACAAUGACUGGUGUGUGCAGUACAAGAAUAAGCAUUGUCAGAAAGGAAGAUGCAGGGAGGUGGUCAGCCAUUUAUACCAUGUCUGGUUCUAUGCAGGAGUUUACAGCAUCAGCUGUAUUUAAUGUAAUAGAGGCAGAGAAACAUGGUUUAAAGACAAUUGUUCAAGCCUCUAAAUCAAUUCCAGGUGCAAUAGACAUAUUAUGUCGGCUUUCGCCAAGUUCCUCUUCAGCACAAUGCACUUACUGCAAUUUUGUACACCCAAAUGGAACAGGUUUUCUCAUGCAAGAAGGACUUGGAAAUGGACAAUAUGUUUAUUUUGGAGAUGGCUUGAACAGUAAAUACAAGGACUGUGGACUCACCAUAUUGGAGCCAAUGGAAUCAGAUUCUGGCAUAUGGAAAUGCGAACUAGGCCUUGAUGCGACUUUGCAAGUAAGAGAUGGAGGGUACAUCUUUUUGCAGCAGAGAGGUGAAGAUAAAUUCCCAGUUAUACAAGCCACUGCAUAUUCUGAAGAAACAGUGAUGCUGAAUGGCUCAAGUACAGUAUUGGGAUGCACUGUUCCUUUCAUGAUUAAAGGAUGUUGGCUGAGGCAUCCCAAUGGAGAAGUCAUUUCUGUGCUACCAGACAAAACUUUCAGUCAAAGAUAUAGAUAUUCUGGUGACAGUUUUGGUUUGGGUCAGUGUCUGAUUAGAUUAAAUGUGUAUGUGGAGGAUUCUGGUCAAUGGGACUGCAAUGUUGCACUUGAUGGGAGCAAAACUGGAGAUAUUUCAGUACCGUUUAGAGUGCAUGUGAAAGCUAACAAGUUGUCUGUCGAACGGAAAAUAAUUGAUGCUGCUAAUGGAGAUAGCACACUGUUGUACUGUUAUAGUACUCAACACCAGCAGCCUCUUGAUAUGUGCCAUUUUAUUCGACCAGAUGGAAGAGGUCUUACCCUUGAUGGGAGUAACAGGGUAAUUGAAGGAAGAUACAGUUACUUUGGGAAUGGACUGGAUCUAGGAGACUGUGGCCUACACAUCACAUCUGUUACAGCACAGGACUAUGGCCAGUGGACAUGUUCAGUCAAUUUUCUUAGUGCAGCUUUGGAAAAUAUUGUUAAUACUGAACAUAUUCAAGUUAAUCAGAAAGGACCCAGUGGAUCUGCAAUUGCUGGUGCCAGUGUGGGUGCAAUUGUUGGAGUAGCUUUCGUGAUAGCUGGUGGAUGUUUUAUCAUACACAAGCGCAGAAGAAUGCAUCAGUCACCGCUCAGUUUUCGUUACCAGAAUAAUGAUUCUCACCGUUCUUCCAACAGUUCAUAA